GGGGGGUGGGGGGUGGGGGGUGGGGGGGCGUUUGGGGAGGAUGACAACCGCCCGGUGUACUGCGAGGCUGCGAGCCACUCAUGGCUCCUCAGUCGCUGCAUGAAGAGGCCUCGUCUUUGUCAAAGAGAGUGUGUGUGUGUGUGUGUGUGUGUGUUUGCGGAGAGACGAGCGGUAAUCUGGAUUCUGGAGUGACGAGGGCAAUACCGGAACACACGGUUAUGGUCGUGGUCGGGGAGCAUGUGGUCCAGACGUGACCCCGUCUGGCGUCGUCUGCGAUGAAUCCGGCUGGUUCUGGUUCUGUUCCCGGAGAGGGUGUUCCCAAGCCGGUCUUGGCCAGCCGGGCCCCCCCCAAGGAGCGAGAUCCAGAGGCCAUGCCAGGAAGUCGACCCCCAGUGCCUGGUCCGAAGACGCCCAGCGAAGAGGCCCCUGGGGGGGCACAAGCGGUCUGCAUCCUGGGGCAGCGCGGAGCACCUGAGAGAGGUGGCCAAACUGAGCAUCAGCUGCAGAAGCGCUCUCGUCAUGUUGCCCCCAGCGUGGGCUGCCAGCACCACCAGCACAACCACCCCCACCUCGCCGGCCAGGCAGCGGGCAUCACACAGACCAUCCCGCUCAACAGGCUGGCCUCCAGGAUGCGUCGCAGCGUGGAAGGACUGAACCUGGAGCUGGAGGAGGUGUUUGUGUCUGAGAAGUCGGACGAGCAGAUCCUGGACAUCCCGGACGGGCACCGGGCGCCGGUGCCCGCCCUUCGGUGCAGCAGCGGGUCCCAGAGCGAGCCCUCCCCCACCCCCAUGGACCCCUCGCUGUCCCCGUCCCCCUCCCCCUGUGCCCUGGACCCCUCACUGCUCUCCCCCCAGCACUCCCCCUGUCCCAUCGACCCCUCUCUCCUGUCCCCGGCCCACUCCCCCGGCGCCCGGGCCAAGCCAGAUCCCGCGGAAGGCGAGAACCCCCGGCCCUCCGCGUCCACCUCCCCGCCGCCCCCGUUCGACCUGGACCUGACCCUGCUGAGGCCCUCCUCGUCGCCCCACGUCUACAAGACCUACUCCUUCCAGAGGCAGCCCCCCGAGGGCUGUGAGCGAGUCCGCGCCGUCGACGAGGCCACGUCUGCGUCAGCGGGGGAGCCCGUCGCACAAGCCAGCUGCCCCGACCCCAACAAGGUCAACUUCACCCCCCACGGUGGCUCUGCCUUCUGCCCCGUCAGCCUCCUCAAGCCCCUGCUGCCCUCCGUGGAUCUCCUCUUCCGGGGCCUGACGGUGUCCCCCGUCUCCGGCUGCCCCGGUCCGGUCGCCUCGCCCACCACCACCACGCAGCUGGGUCUGCAGUAGGGCUGCUACCGGAGACCGCCCGCCCGCCCCUCUCGCGUCUGGGCCCCUUACACGGUCCCCCUGGCCGGUGGGAGGACGAGGAGGAAGCGACGACCCCGAAUGCUUCUUUAUAUUAUUUUUAUUUCAACACACCCGCGUGUGUCCAUCAGUCGUCGUCACGCCGCGGUCGCUCCGACCGCCGUGUGCAUGAUGACCUGCGACAAAAAUCAUUUUCUAAAGUUGUGCGUCAGUUCCACUUAGUUCGUAGAUCUAGUGUUAAGUGUCCAAGGACAUUAUUACCUCAGUUGUGUUUUUUGUUAUUUUUUUAUCUGGCUGCUUGGUUCUUUGAGACGCCUUUCGUUGGAUCGUUACUGGUGUGAUCCCAGUAUCCCCACCCGCCCCCCCCCCCCCCCCCCCCCAAACUAAUGGUCAUGAGACUCGUGGAUGAAGUCCUUCUGUCCAGGAGGAGAUGAAGAAGAGUGCUUGUUUCAUAUUACUGCAUUUCUUACUAGGGGGUUUCUUUGUAACAGAAGAAAAUAAAACAAGAGUAUUGCAAUAUCAUUUCGCUAGAUGUAAAAAAAGGAAACGGCAUUCUGAUAAUGCCUCUUUUUAAUAUUGUUUUUGCUGCAUAUUAGGUAAGAUUAAACACAAUACCUAAAGCACUUAAAGAACGUACAAUAACUAUCUUCACAUGGUAUGUUCAGACACAAUUGAUAAAGUAUGUUUCGAUGCCCUCACCGUUGAGUGACGGGUAUAAUUACUUGAUGCAUUUAUUGUACUUUCAAAGAAGCUGUUUUUAUUGACGUCCAGUUUGUUUCUCUUGUUUCUUUGUUUUUUUUAAACAAUUUCUCUGAAGCUAAGGAAGCUGGUUGGGCCUAUUUUGUACUCGGAUAACAAGGAGGCUCUUUAGUUACUGGGUUCUGUUCUGUGUUCACCCUUUCAUUGUUUCUAGUUGUCUCUUGGCAGAGUUGUACAUUUCAAGGCAAACCGGCUAUGGCUUCUUUACAGUGGCCUGCGCAAGAUUGUAUUUGCCGAUCCAUAUUAACUAGCUUAUAGGAAUGCAAUGAUAUUGUGUUUGGAUUAGCCACUUAAAUCGUCAGUGCCACCUAGCAUCGGUUUUUCUAUCACAGGUGCAUUAGUUCCUCAUGUUUGCUGGUAGUCUUGUUCGAAUUCCGCAUUUAAGUGCUAUGUGAGUACCGUUGAUCAUAUCGAUAAUGACUGUUGUCUUCAGUUUAAUCCUAUGCAACACUUUCUUUGAACACGUUUUCAAACAAUGCCAAUAUUCGAGCAGCUGUACAAUGAAAAUGUGUGUCAUUUGUUAAUCUUUGUUUUUUCUGAAGGAAGGAUGGUUAUUCAUAUUAAUAUGAAUUUGUUUUCAUUGUUACAUUAUUCUUCAAAUAAAACCAAAAAUGAGUUAUUGAUUCUAAAA